AUGCUAUAUCUUUUCUGUCUAUCGUAUGGGAAAUUAUUCAUCCUCCAUGCAAUGGAAACGAAUCAGGCCAUAUACUCUAGACUUCUCAUCUGGGAAGUAUGGGACAAUGCACCCCCUGAAACUGCCAUGGCGCUUGGUGUCGUGGAGUGGAGCUACGCUUCCUCGAAAAUGAGCAUUGACACCUCAGUCUUCCUCAGGAUCAUCAUUGUCAAACCUGAAGUUUGGAUGAGUUACGGCUCUUCCUGUCUCCGCGGCUACAUCGCCGAGUCCGGCUUCACCAAUGAUAUUGGCUAUGCUGUCCCCAUACAUUAA